GCUAAUGGCCUUUGUCUGAGGGCGGGGAGGAUUUGGCUCGGUUAGGCUGCUGAUUAGCAACAAACAGAAGGUUACGAGUUUAGAAAUUGGACAAUUUGACGGCCAGACUGACUCUGCUGCUACUGGAGCGGUUCUAACUGUAUCGGGUAUUUAGCCGGAGCGUGUGCGGUUGCUUGUGAGGGGGGGAACCUGCGGCGAAUUCCAACAUUUUGAAGGCUUGUGGCGGAGUCAACCUCGCUAUUAGGUCGUUGAGGCGGCGAUGCUGAGCUGAUAGCUGCGUCAUCAUGUUGCUUCCGACUCGAGUUGGCGAAAAGAAAUCUCAAGUUAACGCUAGCGGUGAGGCUGCCCGCCGACAUCCAGCUCCUGAGGCCACUCCCGACCCCUGAACCAGAUGGAAAGCGGGCUGCUGGAGAGAGAGAGCUGCUGGCGGUGAAGUGUGUUUGACGUACCGGCCGUUAAACUGGUGACUUUCCAUCAGUUGGUCUGGAGCAGUUGGCGCGAUAGUCUGCUGGCUGCAUUCAUUAUCUUCACUUGGAUGGACACUUACACAUUUGUGUUGCUCUAGAUUGGCAAAUCAAACUACAUUUUCAACAGAAAUGUGAUCCUGUGUUUUCAGAAUAGAAAAACGGACUACUCUAUUAUUUUUGGGGAUGUAUGCCUUUUGGUGUUGAUGGUGGAAAGUGAUGCAUUCACUGACUGUCAUAUAGGGUACAAAGCAGGACCCCAGCAGUGAAAUGCUGCUGACUCCCCUCGGAUGGUGAUUUUUAUUGUCUUACAGGAGAAAACCAAGCGUUUUAAGUCACAAUAGGAGACUGUAUUGCUUAAUAUCUCUAAAUCCGUCCGUUAGUUUAUUCAAAUCUAUUGAAGUGUCGAAAUAUUUUGGGGGGAUCAGGUGGUCUGUUGUUGUUUGCUGUCACCGCAUCCACGUGGAUCAGGUCAGUGGGUGAAGUUUGGCUCGCUCUCUCCGCCGUGACGCGCGAGAGGCGAGCAAAGAAAGGCCAAAGGAUUACUUGAAAGCUGUACCCCCUCAUAGUAUAAUUCAAGGGGAAUAAAAGCGGUUCUAAUGGCCGGUGACUGCACCCACACCAACGCGCACUACUCGAGCGCAGAGACGUUGUGUCCGUCCAAGCCCUGGUCGGAUGGAGACGGGGAGAUGGAUGCUGCCAGGAACUCCGAAGGGCGUGGACCCCCUGCUCGCUGGUCGCCAAACUUUGAAGUGAUAGACGGGAUGCUGUACCGAAAGAAGCUGGAAAGAGGUUUCAUCAACUACAGAGAGGUUUUGGAGGAAGACAGGAGACAUGAGGCCCUCUCCACCUUUCACCGGAGGCGGGGGCCUGGCCGGCACCACCUCUCCUUGGAGGAGACUUACAAAUGCGUGGCUGAAAACUACUGGUGGGAGGGUAUGAACAUCUCUGACUGCCUUACAUCUGACUUAACAGGACAGGAUGGGGUCUCUGUUCACUGAAACAAAGAUCUGAAAACUCAUGAAGAUACAAAGUUGAUCAAUACCUGUCCAUUCUUCCCCCAUGUUGUCUGAUGUUUGCAUGUCUGUUUUCUCAAUAGGUAUGUACUUCCAGAUAAGAGAUUUUGUCUUGGCCUGUGAAGAGUGUCAGAGCCAACGCACCAAGAAAACAAAGGUAAGGUUUUCUCUAGUGAUGGGCACGGCAGUUCUUUUAGAUGUACUGAACAGAGAUGGACAGAGUACUUAACCCCAGUACUUGAGUAAGAGUACAAAUACUCCUGGUCAAAGUUUACUCUGCUACAAGUAAGAAUAGCCCAGUCAAUACGUUAUUCGAGUAAGAGUAAAAAAGUACUUGCUUUAAAAUGUACUCAAGUAUUCAAGAGUAAAUGCUUUUAAAUGUACUUAAAGUAAGAGUAAAUUCCUAUUUUUUCCACAUAAAUUAAGUUACUGUCAUUUUACAAUUUUAUUUAUAGUACCUUGUAACUCUUGUUUCAGAGAAUUAACUCUUUGAAACCACCUGCACUGAUGUGCUUGCCUGUAGAACCAUUAUGUUAUACUGUACCAACACAAUAAGCAUUUGAAAAUGUACUUUUUCUUGUCUGUAUCUGCGUUUUUCUUAUUUACUCCUGCAAACUCGAACAUAGCCUUCAGAUAAGGCCAUGGGUUUUCUUCAGGUUCCUCCGCCUCAUCAUGUUCAGACUCUGAGCCUGAGGAUUCAUCGUAGCGUUCUUCUCCUGCCACCGCCAUUGCCACUGCGGUCUUGUUUUGAGCUGAUAAACAAGAGGGCGCGUAUUUCCGCUUUUACGUACAUCCCAGUGGAGAACGUGUACUGUGAUAGGUUUCCUUCUUUGACGAACACUGGGUGUGGCCAAUUGCGUUUUAGGGAAAGAAAAAAAAAUACUGCGAACCUAAAAAUAACGAGUACCCAUGAGCCUUCCCAGAAAGUAACUCUAGUAAGAGUAAAAAUCUUUACCUUGGAAAUGUAUUUGAGUAAGAGUAAUAAGUAUCAAAGAAUCCUAGUAUUUGAGUAAAGUACAAAUCCUCAGAAUCUGUACUUAAGUACAGUACUCAAGCAAAUUUACUCCGUUACUGUCCACCACUGGUACUGAAUCACUAGAAUCAGUUCACUAAAAAGAUUCCUUCAAAAGAUUUGUUCACUAAAUCACCGAAUCAUGUAGCGUUUGUCGGGAGAAGCCUGCGACUCUGACCUCCUGAACUGAUACACAGCUGAAUGGUUCAGGAUUCAGUUAAAUUCAUAGCCCCUGGGACCGGGAGACGAGAGUGUUUGGCUCUGUUGCUUUGGCAAACAGGUUUUGUAAAAAUGAACUUGUUUAUAACUCAUGAUGUUUUAAGUGUACUGUCCUAUGGUAUGCUAUUUAUCAGAUCUGCUUGGUAAAUUGGGUGAGUGAUUUGUUCAUUUAACAUGCAUCGUUCCCUCGCAAACCGCUGCAACGAUAGGAUGCUGCAGGUUUUAUGCACUACUUGUAACAUGCUGUGUCUUAUUGUAUGUAAGUUGUUGUGGUGGCAAUUUAGCAGUAAAAAAAAAGGGUAGGUUUGUCGGACAAAAAUUAUUCCAGAGAGUGUAGUUCAAAGCGUAAUUUACUAAGUGAUUUAGGUGUCGGUGCAUGCAGUACCUUGUUCGUUCAUUUCUCACUUCAGCUCAACUGAAGAUAGAAAUGAACGAAUCACUCGAGGAAGUGAUUUGGUUUAGUACGUUUACUUUAAAGAUUCGGUUCUUUGGAACGGAUCGUUCGCAAAUGACUAGUUUUCUCACAGUCAGUCUGAGCUGACAAAUGUCUCUGCGAUAUUAUCAUUUCUUUCACCCUCCCAUCAAACUCUUUCAAAUCCAUUUGGCUUUUAUCAACACCUUGUUUUAUUGCGUCUCUCACAUUUGCAUUUACAGUUACCUGAUCUCACUUCCAGUCUUACUAAAUAGCACUUGGUCUCCAAGAAGCACUUUCUCACACAUAAUACUCUCUUUCGCAUAAUACUGCCUCUUUAUCUGCCCUGUCAAUGUAUACUAGGAGCAGGGUGGGAGAGGAUGUGUCACAAAGACGAUGGCAUCACACAGCGCCGACAUGCUGAGCAAGCUGAGGAGUCAGCGGGAGGCGGGGCUCUUCUGUGAUAUCACCCUGCGGACAAAUGGACGAUCCUACUCGGCCCAUAGAGCAGUCCUGGCAGCAGUCAGUGAUCACUUCCAGGAAAUCUUCACAGACUUGGGCUCGAGCACAGGAGCAGACAUAGAUCUCACUGGUAAGGACAGAGGUCAAAAAUCACUGCUUGUGCUUUUGCUCGUUUAAAGGUUAGAUACUGAUGUAAAUUCCUGAAUAAGCCCACACUGUGUCCACAGAUUGACUCAGUCCAUGCGAGUUUGGCAUAGCAGUAUACACCAGCACUGUCCCAAGUGACAGAAUAAAAAAUAGAAAUGUAGGAAGUUAUCGGCACAAUAUUUGCUUUGUCAGAUAAAAACUUAAAAAGUAAAUUAAGGGUAUCAGCAGGUAUAAACUAAAUCUGCAAAUAUACACUGAUGAUAAAGUGGCUCAUUAUUGUGUGAGCACAAUGACAGCCGACACAUGCUAACAGCAUACUCCCAAAAAAGCUACAAGCAAUGCUGUGAAGGAAAGUUGAUGAGGAGGAGCAAAAUAUCAAUCUAAUUGUGUUUCUUAUAAGCAGCACCAACAGAAUAAAUUAAUCAUUAACAGUAGAAUCAAAUAUUAAUCAUCGCAUGUAAAUUUCUAAAACAAAUACACUGUCACACUAGCAGAAAGAUAAGAUAAGAAGAAAAAUUGUAUUGAUCCCCAAAGGGAAUAAUAAUAGGUAAGUUAGAGGUAAGUUCUAAUUCAGGAGAUGAAAAAAUAUUUGUAUUUAUCGUAUCUAUUAUCAGUGUUGGCCAAUGUGAGUUUGACAAUUUCAGCAUAUCUGAUAUCAGCAAAAAUCUAAAAUUGUUCAUCCCUUAUUAUUAUUAUUAUUAUUAUUAUUAUUAUUAUUAUUAUUAUUAUUAUUAUUAAAAACAGACACUCAAUACCAAACACUGUGAGCCAAUAGUCUGCAGACUUCACUUUCCUAUGAAUAAUUUGAAGCACUGCAUCUUAAGAAUUCCUCAUCCAGCUUGUCCCAAACCAAAACCUGCUUUUCACAAACACUGUUGACACUGUUGAGGGGGCUCCUAUGAUCACUGGCCCAACUCUUAAGUUGAACCAGAUUGUCCUCUCUAAAAAUGAAUGAGCCCAGAGACACAAUACUGCAAAUUGUUUUUAUGUUGGUAAAGUAGAGAGAGUUAUUUCUGUCCAGGCUCAUGAUGAAGUUUAAAACCUUUUUUCAAAGGUGGUAACAUGGUGAUAGCUAAUGAAACAAUAAGUUCAAUAUGAGCAACAGUGUGUCUGAAAUGAACACAAUAAUCCAUCACAAGUAACGCUCACUUUGAUUUGUUGUGCUUGUAUGCUGGGUUUCCCAUUGAUGUAAUAAUAAAAAUAGUGAUAUAUGUGAUUAGUCACCCUUUCAAUGCAGUCACAUGACUGUUCCUGGCUUGAGUUGACAUCAUCAGCUGUUGUCAUGCAAACAAUGGUUUGCUGUAAAUUGAGUGACGAUGUAGUCGUCAUUCAGGUGAAGGAGGCUGCAUUUAGUAAUCUUUUCAGAAAGGAUCUGUCUCCACAGUUUGUGAUGAGACCAGUUAUUAUACCAGUUUAGGAUUCUGUGUUCUCAUAUAGGCAUGUGUUUGAUGUGUGUCAUCAGAUUGUGGCAGAAAAGGCUCUGAUUAAAGCGGCUAUUAUAGUCUUCACCAUCAUGUUUACACUUUGUCUCUCUGAUCUACUGUUUCUACUGAGUCUCUUUUAUCUCACUUACUGAUUGGCCAGCAGGGUUUGGCAUAUUUAAUGAAAGGCUCUUCUUUUCACCCCCAGGUUUUAGUGAGGAGAACCUUCUAUCCCUGCUGGAGUUCUCCUACUCUUCCACUCUGUGCGUACGCCAGGAGGACUUACCUGAGGUCAUCGCUAUGGCCCGCCAUCUGGGCAUGUGGCCUGCAGUGGAGGCCUGCUCCGCUCUCAUAAAAGAGCAGGAACAGAAACUCCAUCACGGCAAAGAACUUAACCUGAUCUGCCAGCGACAGCAGAGAGAAAGCAACAGGAAAGGAGUUUCUGGAUUUGAGGAUGACUUCAGUCUAACUCUGGAGGCAUCAGAUGAGUCAUUCGAAGGAAGUCCAAGGCGCAGUUUGCGAAGGACACCGAAAUCCCAAAGCCAUAACGGUCUCCCUCUGAGUCCCACACACAGGAUGAAGCUCAUGGACUUUAAAUCUCCCUCUUCUAAGAAGGCCACAACACCUCGACACACAAACUCCCCACAGUCUCAUAACUACUCACCCAUGUCACCAACAAACACCCGCCUCCUGCGCUCCACUCCUGGAGCCGCCAAGGAGAUUCAGAGAUUUCUACCAAAGCCAGAGACCCCGCGGAGAAGCAAAAAGCCUCACCCAAUCAGCCGGCUAUCGUGCCCAUCCAGGUUGAGACCAGGAGCUGCAUGUAGCCCUGUGAGGGUGAAGCAGGAGGUAGAGGAGGUUGCAGAGGAUGAGGAGGAUUAUGCAAGGGCACAGGAGAAGUACAAGCUGAUGACUGUGCUUGGGUUACAGAGGACCGCUCUGCUUCCUAGACCAGAAGAUCUAAUUGGAUGGCGGCAAAAGAAACGACUGAGGAAGCUGAAGGCGAAUAACUAUUCCCUAACUAAGAGGCGUAAACCUCGCUCCAGCUCCCCAGGUUUGCCAUUUGGGCACGUGACGCUGUCCCUUCCCCUCUGUAACCCCGUUAACUCCCGUCUCCUUAAGUCAGGAAAGUCCAAGCCUGUGAGUCUAGUCAGUACAGACCAGAUGACAGUGAAGAGGCCAAAGAUCGUCUCCCGACACAUCCCUCCAAGUGACAGGAGCAUGCGAAGUAAAGUGGUGUUACCAGACAUGUUUGCGCCUGCAUCCAGGUUGUCUCUGGGUGGAAGGGAGUUGAGACGGUCAGUGAGGAAGGCUGACUGCGUGCACCUUCCCCCCCAGCAGCCUCUACGACGUAAAACAAAAGUGAUAGCGAGUAACAUUGUCAGGAUAAAGCAAGAACCAGUUGACUACUCCAUCUCAGGUCUUUCACAGAAAUCAAACCAUCCCCGUGGCAACCCGCCUCAAAAAUCCCCACUCACUCAGACGUCACAGGUCAGAACAAAAGCAACCGUAGAGGCGGUUAGAGCACUGCGUUACAACAGUGGCCGAACAGCGACCAAGGUGAAGCUAAGACGGGGCUCGAUGAGGGAGGUGGAGAAGACAAAGUGUAAGCCUAAAGAGGAAGGGAGGAAGGGGGGCAGCCCAGGACAGAAGGGGGUCUUGGACGCCAGACCGAGAACGAAGGGUAACGAACCCUGUGGGCUCCAGUUUUCAGAGCAGGCACCUCCACCCUCCAUCUACAACCACCCUCUGUACAAAGUCAUCAAAGAGGAGCCAGCUGACCCCGUGCCAGUAGGUGGACCUUUCUCUGAUCCUCCGUCACCUGACCUGGGCAAGCGUCAGAGCAAGCCCCCCAUAAAGCUGCUGGAUUCCGGUUUUCUGUUCAGCUUCUGUCGGCCGGCAGGAGGAGCGAUGGCCGUGCUGAAAAAAGAGGAGGAGAGCGUCGAUAUCUGCCUCACCCGCUCUGUCUCACAAGUUGGGGAGAGAUUUGGAGUGAAGGACUCCCCUCACAGGACGCUUAGAGCAAGAGUGCCGCCCACUCUGUCUGUGGUAAAGAAGGAGAGGGAGGAGAGGAGUGUGAACCAAAACAAGGUGCAGAGACCCAGGCCAAACUCCCAGAACAACGCCCAUCACACGUCCAAGCAUAUCCACCCAAAGGCCAAACCCACCAUGCCAAAGGUAGAUCAUAAGGGUUUCACUUCUCUUUGAUGAAAGGCUUUUUUAGAGACCUUCAUGAGGAAGAACACUGUAGAUAUGUGAUGAUAUAAUCUCAAUUCUAUUUAUCUGGAGACUAAUUUAAUAUAUAUAAGCAGUUGGAAUUAUUUAUCAAGUUUUGACAUCUGUACAUUUCGAUAUAAUUUCUGUUUUAAUAGCAUACACUACAUACAUGACCUAAAAAAAUGGGUGAGCUCAUUAAUAAUUGUCUUUACCUUGUAUCCCUAGCAACAAGGUAAGCCCCUCCCCCUGAGCCGCAAGAGUUGUGUCAUGAUGGAUGCAGUGCGCCGGGCAAGGCUAAAGCAGCUCCGAGGGCCUCGUAGUCAAGUCCCGAAACAGCCAAAGGCAGCCCAUGCCUGUUUGCAGUGUGCGGCUUCUUACAAGGACUGUGAUGCUCUAAUCAUGCAUCGCCUCAGGCACAUCGAGGGCAAGCACUGGCCAUGUCUGGUGAGCACUGACAGGUCAAAAAAUAAUAGCCUAGAGUGCCAAUAAAACUGUGAUUUUCCUCUCAUUUAGUUACAUUAUGCAAAAGCUGUGUUAAAAAAACGUCAAAUGAUUCUUUGGCUUUGAUUCUACAGUGUAAAGUAAAUUGAAAUUAGGAAUAUUUGAUACAGACUUAGUUACUUUAUCUGUUUUAACCUUAACCCUGGUGAUCUGUAUUAUACCAUUAAUCCAGAAUUUUCUUUUCAGGACAUAUUGGUCAGCUUAAAAUAAAAACAAUGUCAGAGGAAAUAUGUGAUUUCAAAUAUAUUAAAGCGACUGUGUUUAGAUGUUCUAGCUAAUCUUCGGUAUUUCAGUGUCUGUGGUUCACUUUGUUGGUGUUAACUCUUAAUCUCACCCUCCCUACUGUGUAGCUCUGCAGUAAGACGUUCUUUCGACUAAGAAAUGUACGGAACCACAUUCGCACCCAUGACCCCAAGUUGUACAAAUGCCGGAGCUGCAUCGUGUCUGGAUCCUGAGGCAGCUGGAGGGUCAACUAAAUCAGCGAUACUGAGGUGGGUGAAUGUCACACCCUUCAAGGUCCAUUUAAGUAAGAACAUCGUGAUCACAUGUGCUCAACAUUUGCAUUGAAAUUAUGUGUUUCUUAAAUGCGGUGUUUAUUUUCUAGGAUGAAGACUGUCAGAGUCUGACACCAGCGAAGAGGCUGAUAGAUCAGCAGCUUGUACAAAAUAAAUCCGUCACACACAAGCACAAGGGUCCGCGGGAGAGGAUGAUCACUCUGAUUCUAAUCAUUGUUGCAGUCAGUGAUUGCUACUUUCAUUUUAAUAACCCAACCAAGGUUCCUUGUCCAGUUUGCGUUAAUACAGAAGGUUAAACUUGAACAUUACACUCAGGGGGCGGGUUUCUGAUGCCACGGUAUUUAACAUCACAGUUGUGUGUAAAUUGAAAUGUAAAGUGAUUGUUAUAACUAUUACUGCUACUUUAUUGUUAUUUUUCUAUGUAUAGAUGAAUUUUGAGUGCACUUAUAUCAUAGCUUUGUGGUAAACCUAAGAAGUGGUGAUUAAACUGAAGGUGUUGAGUCCAUGGCCGGAAUACUUGAAGUGAUGCAAGUGCUGGAGGGAAUACUUGAAGUUGCUGGGGGGGUCCUCGGAGAGAGAGACGGUCCUUUUGGGUGUUAAAGUGGAUUUUUUUAUUUUUCCCUUUUGGUGUGCUAACUUUUAAACAACCUGAAUAGCCUCCCUCCUUUUGUGAAGUGCUAGUCUCUCAAAAUUCUCGAGUUGGAUAUUUGACUCGGGUAUGGUGACACCACUGCAUGUGUAUUUGCAGGCUGUUUGUAGUCCACUGUCUUUUCUAAGUCUGCCUGUUUGAAAAAGGGAAUCGUGUCUCGUUUUUAAUGUGAAUUUUUCAAUAGUAAUCAACACGGCUGUGUCAUUACAGAUGUUUUAUUGAUCUCUUCCACUUUAAUCCAAGACAUGAAAUUCAAACUCCCCUCCUACUGAAUAAAUGCAACGUGUUCUCACAGAGAUGCUUAUGUUUCACAGAUUGAUUUUAGAAAUAAACAAGCUGUCUCUUCCUAUCUGUAAAAAGACUGAAUAAAUUUUUGCUUUUUAAAUCUUGUCGUUUUUUUUAUUUUUUAUUAUGUGUGUGAUGAAAUAUUUACUUUACAGAAAUUGAAAAACAAAGCAAAACAGUUUUUUUUCAGUGUAUGAACAAAGUUUAUCUGAUUGUCAUUGUGUGAUUUGAAUCAAGAGAUAAGAGACUCU